AUUUAUAAAGAGCUCUGGAAGUUUUAUUCGAUUGGUCAAUUUUGAAUUCUGAUUUUAUAUCUGCGAAAAACGCGGGCUGAAGUCAAAUGCAUUCACGUCUGUGCAUAUAGAUAACAAAUCGUCAUCCUAACUAAAUGAGACAAUUUAUUUAAUAAAUAAUUACAAAAUUGAUUUCUGAUAAUGUUUAUCAUAAACUUAAUUUGAGAUUGUUACGAUUGUAAUACUAACUUAACCUAAACCUAGUUUUACUCCUUUGUGAUUUUUUGUCGCUCCAAUUAUUUGAUUGGUGACAUUUUAGAACUGAAUCCACGCUAUUCGUAAAGGGAAAAAGAUCCACAUAUUUCCACGCAUGUGCUUUGCCAAAACAGUGUCUCCUCUUUGCAAUGUCUGCAUACGUUAGAAUAGGUUGAAGUACUAAAGCAUGAAUUAUUAACAGAACCGUCUCGUUUCACUGAAUUUUAGAAGAAUUUUUACACCAUUAAUUUGAUAUAUGACGUAUAUAUAUCCCCAAGAAGUAUAUUUUAGUAAUUGUUUUUCCUAGCUUACUGUUCAAAGGAUAUCUUGCAAAAUGAAACAAAUUCUUUGUGGUAAAAUAGGAGAUAGGAUUGUGCUAAUUUCAAAGACAUCACGAUAUCCUUUACCUCUAUUUAGUGCAAGACAUCUAAUAUCAGGCAAGAUGAACAAGGUUUAUCAGCCAUUACUAGCAUCACCACAUGUACGCUACUUUGGAAACCCUAAUCGAGCAUAUGCAAUUUUUAUUGGAAGAGUAUUAAAAGGAGCAUUAAAAGUUCGGUAUCUUUUAUUGGGUGGUGCAGUUGGUAGUGGAGUAACUUUACAGAAGAAAUACGAACAAUGGAAAGAAAUUGUACCAGAUAUGAGCUGGUUGAAUGAUGUAUUUCCUAAUGAAGAAAAGUGGAAAGAUUUACGUGAAUCGGUUAUGACGGUUAAAAAUAUUUUCACAGAUAAGAUUGAAAUUGAUCCACGUAUAAAGCAGCUUGGCGAAGCUAAAUAUAAAGAAUACAGAGAGUGGUUCAAUCAGAGACUGGAUGAUGCUAUCAAGGCAGCUGAAGUUGAUCAAAUCCAACCAGGUGUGGAUAUUUCCUCUAAUCGUAUAUUUGACGCAAUCUCAACAAUAGUAUCCGAACUUUAUUCAGAAGCGAAGCAGCAAGUGGUGAACAAUACUGUCGCGUUUGCUGGGCCAUUAGCUAACGACAAUAUCGAAGAGGAACGUAAGAAAGCUCAAAAGUCGCAAGAGCGAUUGAACGCUAUGCAAGAAGAAGUAAUGCAAAUACAAUUAAGGUAUCAACGUGAACUUGAACGAUUAGAGAGAGAGAACAAAGAGCUUCGAAAGCAGAUGCUACUACGUGGAAGCCAAAAAAUGAGUAACAAAAAAAUAAAAAAAUCUCUGAUCGACAUGUACAGCGACGUUUUAGAUGAACUUAAUGAUUAUGAUAGCACUUAUUCUACUGCUGAUCAUUUACCAAGAGUGGUAGUAGUUGGUGAUCAAAGUUCUGGCAAAACAUCUGUAUUAGAAAUGAUCGCUCAAGCAAGAAUAUUUCCUAGAGGUGGUGGUGAAAUGAUGACAAGAGCUCCAGUGAAAGUUACUUUAAGUGAAGGUCCUUAUCAUAUAGCUCAAUUCAAAGAUAGUUCAAGAGAAUUCGAUUUAACGAAAGAGUCAGAAUUAGCUGAGCUAAGACGCGAAGUAGAAUUACGCAUGAAAAACAGUGUUAAAAAUGGCAAGACAGUUAGUCCUGAUGUGAUUUCGAUGACUGUGAAAGGUCCAGGCCUUCAGCGUAUGGUUCUCGUCGAUUUACCUGGUAUAAUCAGCACAGUUACAGUUGACAUGGCGGAAGACACGCGAGAUGCUAUUCGACAAAUGACUCAACAAUAUAUGAGUAACCCUAAUGCGAUCAUUCUAUGUAUCCAAGAUGGUUCUGUGGAUGCAGAAAGGAGCAAUGUGACGGAUCUCGUUUCUCAAAUGGACCCUUCCGGCAAACGAACCAUUUUUGUUUUAACUAAGGUAGAUUUAGCAGAAGAGAAUUUGGCUAAUCCAGAACGUGUUCGUAAAAUAUUGUCUGGCAAACUAUUCCCCAUGAAGGCAUUGGGCUACUUUGCUGUUGUCACUGGUAGAGGUAGACAGGAUGAUAGCAUACAAACAAUCAAAGAUUAUGAAGAAAAAUUCUUUAGAAAUUCGAAGCUCUUUAAGGAUGGCUUAGUAAUGUCAGGUCAAGUUACAACAAGAAAUUUGAGUCUCGCGGUUGCGGAAUGUUUUUGGAAGAUGGUUCGUGAAACUGUAGAACAACAAGCGGAUGCAUUCAAGGCCACUAGAUUUAAUCUUGAAACAGAAUGGAAAAAUAAUUUCCCAAGAUUAAGGGAAUUAGAUAGAGAUGAACUUUUCGAGAAAGCAAGAGGGGAGAUUUUGGACGAAAUUAUAAAUCUGUCUCAAGUUUCACCCAGGCACUGGGAAGAGGUGUUGAUGGUUAGGAUCUGGGACAAAGUUAGCAUGCACGUGUUCGAGAACAUUUAUUUACCCGCGGCUCAAAGCGGAAGUCCAAGCACAUUUAAUACAACCGUCGACAUAAAACUUCGUCAGUGGGCUGAACAACAGUUACCAUCUCGAAGUGUCGAAAGCGGUUGGGAAUGCUUGCAACAGGAAUUUCAACAUUUCAUGAAUCAGGCAAAACUUAGUCCGGAUCACGAUGAUAUAUUUGAUAAUCUAAAAAAUGCAGUAGUUAACGAAGCUAUGAGGCGACAUUAUUGGGAAGAAAAAGCAUCUGAAAUGCUGCGAGUUAUUCAACUGAACACUUUGGAGGAUAGAAGUGUGAAUGAUAAACGUGAUUGGGAUCAGGCAGUUCGUUUUCUAGAAACCUCAGUUAAAGAGAAAUUGCAAGCUACGGAACAAAUUUUAAGAGACAUGCUGGGUCCAGGUCGCAAGGAACGAUGGCUGUAUUGGCAGAAUCAGAGUGAUGACCAACAGAAACGUUCAGCAGUGAAGAACGAAUUAGAUAAAAUUCUUUAUGCGGACAAAAAACAUACUCCUACACUUACUCAGGAUGAACUUACGACAAUUAGGAAGAACGUGCAGCGAAAUGGUUUGGAAAUCGACAAUGAAUUUAUUCGAGAAACGUGGCAUCCAGUAUAUAGGAGAUUCUUCUUGCAACAAAGCUUGGCUAGGGCGUACGAUUGCAAAAAAGGAUAUUACCUCUAUCACACUGGGCAUGAAAGUGAAAUGGAGUGCAAUGAUGUUGUUUUGUUUUGGAGGAUUCAGCAAAUGCUGAAGGUUACUGCCAAUGCACUUCGACAACAAAUUAUGAAUCGAGAAGCUCGUAGGUUAGAUAAAGAAAUAAAAGAAGUAUUAGAAGAUUACAGUCAAGAUAAUGACAUGAAACAGAAACUGCUGACUGGUAGAAGGGUUACUUUAGCUGAAGAAUUAAAACGUGUUAGACAGAUUCAAGAGAAACUCGAGGAAUUUAUUCAAGCAUUAAACAAAGAGAAAUGAAGAACAUAGACUGAGAGUUUAGAAGCCUGAAACCUAUGGUAUGUGAUAAGUGAUGAUAAGCCCUGGUGGCUUGUUGUUAGGUAUAUACUAAUUUAUUUUCUUCGCUAAUCGAACGAUAAUACAGAUAUAUUAUUAAUCAAGUCUUAUGAUGGAUGGAAACUAUUCAUUUAACUAAUAAGAUUUGAUAUGUAAAAUUACCCUUCAGAUUGUUAGCAUUAAAAUUAUGGCCGAUUUUACGCGACUAUAAUAUUUUUACGAUAUUUUUAUUUUACAUUUAACAAAUUUUGUUAACAGAAAAUAUUGUUCAGACACAAAUGCGAAAUAUUGUCAAUAGUUAAUAUUGAUUAAUACCAAAGCGAGCAACUCGAGAAAAAUUUCGGAAAUAACGCUUCAGAAUAAUUGAACACAUGGAAUGUAGAUAUUCUUAAUGUAACUAGAAAAAAUAAUUCUCAUAACAUUUUGUAUAUACGUCUCAUCUGUGCAUACAGAACGAAUAGAAACGAAUAUGCGUUUUGUAUGGGUAGGAAAAGCGGAAUAAAGAAAUAGAAACUGAGUUCUUCGUGUCUACAAACAUUUCUUUUCAAUCAUAGAAGUGCAUGUGUAGUGACAAUAUAUUAUAAUUUUUUAAUCUUUUAAGAUAUAUUUCGCUUAAACUAAAAUGAGAAAUAAACACUAAAAGUUGAAAAAAUUUAAUGGUAAAAAACAUAAAAGACAUUUUUUAUCAUACUUUUCGAAUUUUUGUUACGAUAGUAACCAUUUUCAGUACGUUUUUUUGUUCCAUAAGAUAUACUAUUGAACACUCAAUAGGAUUGUUAAGUACUUGUAGAAUUGAAAUGUGCCUUCAUACAAAAUACAAAGUAGCUUGAAGAAUUAUUAAAAUACACGUUUUAUACCUAGUUUCUUCUCGUGGUAAAAGAGUACAACGUAUCUCGUCGAAAUUUAUUUCUAUUCGUUAAUUGAUAAUAAUAGAGAUUAACGGUUGUUCCAGAUAUAUUACAAAGUUACAAGUAACAUGGUAGAAACAUAUUAAAAAUAUUAUUUUCUUUCAAGAUCUUUAAUUGACGAUGUAAAUUGCUAGGUCAACCGGAAAACUACUUUGCUUCUAAAUUCUUUUUUUUUUUAAUUCUGGACAAUAUUAACUUCGAGAUAAAAUAUACCCUAUUCUUUGGUCCGAACGUCUGAUAAAGUAUUCAAGUUCGUACGUUUUUUACGCAAAUAUUCUCACGAGAAUCCAUAGUACGUCUUAUGAGCAUUUAUAAAACUCUUUUAAGGCUAGGAAAAUUGUUUACUUGUUUGAAAUUAAAAUAUUUAUCAAUCGUCUCUUCUAUGAUAAUUAACACCACUUACGCAAGAGAAAUAUAUUGAUAUGACUAUGCAAACGCAUUAACGGCACGGUUUUAGUGAAUAUCGCCAGUAUAAUAUUUAUCUCUUUUUCUCUGGCGAUCAUCGAUGCAUUAAUAUAUCAUAUGUACUUGAGUAUUUUGUUUUAUCAUCAUGUAAAUCAUGUGAGCUUCUAUUUUGUAUCUUCUAAUCGACGUAGUCAAUACAAAAUUAAACAAUCAUGUACAUUUGGCAGGAAUGUUUCUCUCGUUAUUUACGGUACACUCGACAUUCAGAGUUGGGCAGAAUUCUAUAUACUCAAUAAGCAGACGAGCAAUUAUUUAAUAAAUACAAGACGAACAACAUGGAAAUUUAGACUUUUCGCGAUGAUAAAAGUCUUCUCCGAAUAAUGCCUAACUCCGUGGUACACUUAUUGGGGUUGAUAAACCAGCAAUAAACAGUGUGACACGUUUAUAAAUAGGACUGUACCGAUAUAUUGUUCUAAGUAUAAACAUUAUUGUAUGUAUGUGUAUAUAUAUAUAUAAUAUAUAUAUAUGUACAAUUAUUUGGUAAUACAUCAUUGGUAACACGAGGCGUCGCGUAAUUGGCCGCAAAUCAAGGAGGAAAAAAGCGUUUUCUUAAAAUGGACGAGGUAAAACGACAUUUCUGUCUCGUGUUGCAAACAUGGCCACGUGUAUCAAUCCCUUAUUGUAAUAUGGUAUUCUCAUGUCGUGUCGUCUCUCCCGGGAAUAAUGAGUGAGUCGUUCAAUGAUUCAGGAUGAGAAAUUUGUACAGUACAUGGGGGAGAACGCACGUUUUGUAAAAUUAGAUAUUUUUUCAAACUUUUCUCGCUCUGCUUAAAGGUUAUACUAGCGAUAUGGAGCAAUCUUAAUUAAAGUGUGCUAUAUUCCAGACGAAGUGUACCCCUUGAUUAAACGUUCCUCUCUCUAAAAGAACAUUACACGAUUACGUCUUCACCGCGUUACUAGUAUCCUGCACGUCCGGAAUUAGCUCAGCGGGACCAUCCGCACCAUUCUGUUCCAUCUCCGCUGUAUUGUAACUAGAAAAGGAACAUGCUGGCGCACUUCUGGCCGUGGUCACUGAAGCUUCUGGAAGAAGGGACGUGCGUUCUGUCGCGCUCCCCCAGGCCUGUUGAUAAGCGCUUCGACCACGUAUCCUACGGCUUAAUGAAGAUCCUACUACUCCAAGGUGUUCUUUGAUGUCGUUGUGGACAUCUGAGACGUCCCACAUUGCUCUGGAAACAUCAAGUAUAUUUUUAACCCUUUAUCAUGACUAUUUGAAAAGUACAUAUGACACUACAACUUUUAUAGGCUAUUUUAUAGAGUCUAGGAUUCUUUCUUGCAUAUUGAGGUAUUGAGGAACUGGGUUAAUCCAAUAUCUAUUGCUAUGUACUAUAAAUGAAUACUUAGUGCUAUGAAAGUCAUCUAUAGUGUAUUGCAUAAAUGUUCAAUGACUAUGAUGAUGACUAUGGACAUCCACAAUAAUCUAAGAUGUUUUUCAACCAAAAUUUAAUUACCUGAAUGCAUCCCACCAUGCUUGACCCUGUGCUAGAUUUACAAAAGGUUUGUAUGUAAAACUAUAGUGAUGAGCCACUGCAGCCAUAAACAUUUCAAUACAGAUUAAAAAGUCCUGCAGCUUAGAUGAUAUAUUUCUGAUAUCUUCCAUGUUAUUGGUUUUAAAAAUACUCGAUAUCACAUCAAAAUACACUAGCAAUGCAACUAUCACCCCUUGA